AGUAAUAGUAGUAGUUGAGAAAGAGAGAGAGAGACAGAGACGUAUACGUACGAGAGCAGAGCUCGCAGGUGUAAACUUCUCGGAAUAUAUCAUCAUACAACGACGUAUACAUAGCUCUCUCGGUUUCGUUAAGACAUUGCCGCAGGUGCGCGUGUUGUUUCACACCUCCUCCUCCUCUCUCUCUCUCUCUCUCUCUCUGUAUGCUCUGUGUUCUGUGGCUCUGUGCUUCCCCAGUGACACAGUGUGUAAAUGUGUGUUAUUAGAGUUUGUGUGUAUGAAAAAGUUGCUGCUCGAGCUAGACGAUUCGUGCCGCGACUCGUCGCCGGUGAACACGGCCACGACCACCGACUACUACUCACUCGUAUCUACUCGUACUGCCAAGGCACUGCUGCUGCCUCUCUGCCAACGACAUCGUCCAGCUUCGUCGUGAUCUGUAUAUAUCCGUAUACACAUUUUAUACUAACACGAGCAGCUCGUCGUGUGUCUCGACCUGUACAGAGUGUCCCGCCAGUCCGCCCGCAAUCGAAAUCGCAGUCGUCCGCCAGCGAUAUAGCGACCGCAAAGCAGCCGCAGCAGCAGAGAACUGAGUGUCUGUGUUGUGUGUACAUACAGAGACACGCACGUCGAUAUAAUCUCGUCCUCCUCGGGGAUUCCGUCAGCUAAAUCGACUUUAUCGCGUCGAUAUCACAUCAUGGAUCUCUUCAGUCAGGCCCUCAACGUUCGCCUGCUGUUGAUUUUUCUCAUUCUGAUAUCUAGCAAAUGCACAGGUACAGAGCGAGGAUGGCGCCGUUGGUCGAGAGAUGAUACAAGUGAUUUAAAGUUUCCAGAAAAAUCAGUAUCCACCAGAUACGGCGACGGCGGCAGUGGCGGCGAUGCAGCGGACAAUAUCGAUAAAAUCGUAUUCCCAACGGACGACGUUGUGAGCGUCAAUCAGCCGCAGUCACAGCAGCAGCAGCAAUCGCCCUCCAAGUUCGUGCCGCGUCUCGCGGGCAACUGCGAAAAAUCGACUUUCUGCGAGUUCGCGCCCAACUACCCGAAAGACUUCGUCGAGACUAAUCUGAGAAUAAACAGCAAUAAAUUCCUUCCGUCUUCGGACGUGGUACCGAACGUAGUUCAUCGAUUCAAUGCUGGUCCCGAGGAUGCCUCAUUAUGCGAUUCUCACGAAACGGUGGUCUACCCCAAAGUAGCUCAGAACAAAAAUAACGAAUGGCUAUUCGUAGUAAAUCAUGGAAACUUCACUCAAGGAGUCCGAGUUGAAACAUGCGUGAACGAAAACGCCGAGUGCAAUCUAAUCGAGGGAUUCGUGGAGGGAUACAAGACGGUCUGCAAGCAGAAGUACAUUUACAGACAACUCGUGGCAGUUUUACCAGCUGGUCAAAUAAAGCAAGAGAUGUUUCGAUUUCCCGCCAGCUGCUGCUGUCACAUUAAAUUCGCCGGCAACUCCUUUAUGAGGUUCGGCGGCGGCGGCAUCGCCGCUGGUGGUGGAAGCGCCGCCGGAGGAGCCACGACCGAUCGCGACAAAAACAGCUGAUGGCGCUCGUAUGCAUAACGAGUCCUUCCCCUUCGCGCGCGGAAAUAUAUGUAAUUAAUUUUCACCGCGAGUAGUCCAGAGUUGACCCUGUUAUUCUAAUCACGACUGACUCUGCGCCUACGUAAGAGAAUGAAUAACAAACACACACAAACACACAUGUAUACAAUUUUUAAAAGUAAUUCGAUACGUAGCUCGAUACGCACACAUUUAUUACUUGUUACGUUUUUAAGUAUUUUAACGUAUUUAUGCAUAUAUGUAGUUGCGACUCGCGAUCGCUCAAUUUUUAUAUAGUAUUAAUUUCCGAAAGAUGAAAUGAUCAAUUUUGUAUUCUUGGUAAAAAGCACUAUUGAAAUCUGCGAGCUUUACAAAUGCAUAAAACAGCAAUCAAUUGAUUUAACUCUCGCGCAGUGAAAACCCAAAGUGGUUCGAUGAUAAGCCUAGAAUGAAAUUUCGCUCGAAUUGAUUCGGUCGAGAGCGCACGAUUUCAAUAUUUUACUUUCGACGAUUUUGUAUAACGAGAAACCCUUAUAACACCUUGAUUCGACGAUGUCGUCAUCGUCGUCGUCGUCGUCGCUAUACGAGGUUAACAAAAUCGUCAUCACUUGCGAGUCGCGAACGCGUGUAAAUAUAUCGAUUUAAAUGUAUUGUACAUUUUGUGUUACUGUUCGGGGCGUCCAAUCUUUAAUUAAAAAAAAUUUCAGCAACGUUUGAUUGUUCUAUUUUACUUAAAAAUUGGAUGAAACUCCGAGAUGAUCAACGAUGUUCGCACACAUUCAAGUCGGUCGAAUAUAUAUUAUAUUUUUUUAUCUAUUUAGCGAAUGUCAUCUUUUUCACGAAAAUAAAGAGCAAAAAAAAUAU